UCCCUAUUACACUCAGAAUGUUAAGAAUCCAUUGAAACAGUCUUACUUAGUAUUCUGUGCUUCAGGAAAGAAAGAGGCACAGGAAGCAAAGUUCACAAUCCUAUUGCCUAUUCCCAAUUAAGCAACAGGCAAUGUUUAUUUACACUAGUCCUGAGUCAGCUGUAGCAGACAUGCAACAAGUUGCUCCUGGACUGCCUAUACUUCACUUUGUCUGUUCUCAGGACCUGUAUAAAAAUGGUGAGAGCCCUACAUCAGGUAUGUCUGAGGAAAGAAAUUCUUUUUUGUAUGUAAAAACAUGCCUCUAUGUGCCAAUUAUGAAAAGGGGUUUCAGGACUGUUCAAAUUUUCUAUAACUAUGUAUGUCCUCCCUGCAAUGUUAUGACACUUUAAGGAAAUUAAUGUUUGUACCCUUACUCUUAGAAUUAUGUGAAUAUUUCUUUUUUAAAUAUAUCUGUGGAUUGCAGCUUUUUAUCCCUAUUAUUCACAUAGCAAUCCAUAAAUCAGAUUUGUGCAAUUUCAGCCAUAAUAUCUAAAUAAUAAUUCCUUAGGGAAUGAACCCAACAUUCUUUUUUCUGGUUAUGGUAGCGCAGGAGUUAAUUUAGUCUUGGAAAAAGGAAGUUACUCUCAGUGUUGGCUGGAGGCUUAAAGAGUCAUGCCUGCAUCUGUAUUUGUUCUGCUGAGCCACACCCCUUUCCACAGAAGAAUGAAAUAGUUGGUUUGCUUCCGACUAGCACACACUGGAUGAAGUCAGUAAGCAGACACGAAGCACCAAGCUCCUCUUCACUAAUAUGUGGAGUAACAACAUUCAACAAGCAAAAAUGCAUGUUUUUAAAAACUGAAGUUUGAUAAUGGUCACCAUGAAAACUCUGCUCUUACUGACAACUGGACUGUUCUUUCUGUCCUUCUGUUUGUGCCAAAAAGGCAACAAAUGUGACAACAGCAGCCUGGCCGGCCAACAUGAUGAACUGCACCCUAAGACAUACCGUGGUACUCCACAAGACACGUAUGAGGCAAUUCCUUUUUCUGCCAUAGAAGGGAGAAAAACCACCAGUAAUAGCAAAGAAAAUAAGUGCUCAUCUAAUGUCUCAGAACUGAAAGUGAGCAACUCUACAGUGAAGUACCUUACCAGUUCCCUGAGUGUGAAACUAAUUCCCGCUAUAUACAUAGCUGUUGUUUUAGCAGGAGUGCCAUCAAAUGCCAUCAUUCUGUGGAUGCUGUUUUUCAGAAUCAGAUCAGUCCGUACUGCCAUAUUUUACACCAACUUGGCUAUUUCAGAUUUUAUCUUCUGUCUUGUGCUGCCAUUUAAAAUUGUAUACCACCUGAAUGGCAACAACUGGAUAUUUGGAGAAACAAUGUGCCGAAUCACAACUGCCAUCUUCUAUGGCAACAUGUAUUGUUCUACACUACUACUCGCCUGCAUCAGCAUCAGCCGUUAUAUAGCUAUUGUUCAUCCAUUUACUUACAGGAAUCUACCUAAACGACCCUUAGCAACAUUAGCCUGUGGGAUUGUAUGGACCAUUGUUUUGUUGUAUAUGUUGCCUCUGGUCAUAAUGAAGCAAAGUUACCAUCUGAAGCAACUAGGUAUCUAUACCUGCCAUGAUGUUCAUAACAGCUGUGAAAAAAUGUCACCCUUCCAACACUAUUACUUCAUCUCACUGGCAGUAUUUGGAUUUGUGAUUCCUCUUUGUAUUGUUAUCUUUUGUUAUGUUUCAAUUAUUCGAACACUCAAGGCAUAUAAUGAAAAAUGGCUCUGGUACAUCAAAGUCAGUCUCCUAAUCCUUAGCAUUUUUGCAAUUUGUUAUACCCCUAGCAAUGUCAUAUUGAUUGCUCAUCAUGUAAAUUACUACUACUAUUCUAAAGACAGUCUGUAUUUUUUCUAUCUCAUUGCUUUAUGUCUAAGCAGUUUGAAUAGUUGCCUUGAUCCAUUUCUUUACUUCUUGAUGUCCAAAAUUAAGGAUAAUAAGAAUGUUUAUCUCACCCAGAUUAAAAUAGCCCAGGAAGAAUGAACAUGACACACUUCUCUUUUGUGAUACUUGACAAAGUUGUACAUCCUUAAUUUCUUUACAAGAUACACUAUUUAUGCUUUCUACUUUUAUAACAGCACAGCACAAAUAAUUUGUAGAUAUUUAUAUACUUUAAGGUUGCAAACUUUAAUUGAUUUCACUGAGGGAAAAUUGAUGGAGCCGAAAGCACAUUGCUUUAUCUUUCUCACACAUACACAUGUGCAGGUGGGGACCACAAGAGUUUGUUUUGGUUCUACUACAUCAAUGUAAUAUGGAAUGAAAAAGAAAUGAUUAAAUAUGGGUUUCAAGCAA